AUGCCUCGUUCUCCCUCACCAUCUCGUUCACCUUCUCCUUCCCUCUCUCGUUCGCCUGCUCGUUCAUACACCAGAUCUGUCUCACCUCGAAGAAGAAGCAUAACGCCAGACGAUGUACCUGUGUCGAAAAGGAAAAGAUCCCCUUCACCAAACCCCCGAGACCGUUCCCCCUCCCCACCAACCCGUCGUCGUCGAAACUCCGUCUCUCCUCCUCCAGCAGGUGUAAGAGGUCCCAAUGACAUAGAUGCCCCCCGAGUGAUGGACAUAGACCCAAAUAGAAGAAGAGCAAGGGAAGCAGCAAUGUUGGAACAAUCCAUUCAAUCCGAAUUAACCAAAUCAAAUGGGAAUGGCGUGGUAGCUGUGAAUGGUGGAAGUGGAAGGGCAGACGAGGUUGCCAAAGCGGAAUUCGCCAAAUUGAUAGGAUCCAGGUCGGGUGGAGCUUAUAUCCCACCGGCGAAGCUUAGAGCAAUGCAAGCUGAAGCUGCGAAAGAUAAGACUUCAACUGAGUUUCAAAGAUUAUCUUGGGAUGCGUUGAAGAAGAGUAUCAAUGGUAUGAUCAACAAGGUGAACGUCUCAAACAUCAAGCAUGUCGUACCGGAAUUAUUCGGUGAAAAUCUAAUCAGAGGAAAAGGUUUAUUCGCAAGAUCAAUCAUGCGGGCUCAAGCCUCCUCGUUACCUUUCACCCCCGUCUUCGCAGCUCUUGUAGCCAUCGUCAAUACGAAGUUACCUCAAGUCGGUGAAUUGGUUCUGAUCAGGUUGAUAAGUCAGUUCAGGAGGGCUUAUAAGAGGAACGACAAGACCGUCUGUCACGCCACAUCGACGUUCAUCGCUCAUCUUUGUAAUCAAUACGUCGCCCAUGAGAUUGUCGCCUUGCAAAUACUGCUAUUAUGUCUAGAUAGACCCACGGAUGACUCGAUCGAGGUAGCAGUAGGGUUCAUGCGGGAAGUCGGAUUGUUCUUAUCUGAAAAUUCACCAAAGGCAAACAACACUGUAUUCGAAAGGUUCAGAGCGGUCUUACAUGAAGGUGCGAUUAGCAAACGAUGUCAAUAUAUGAUCGAAGUCUUGUUCCAAGUUAGAAAAGAUAAAUAUAAAGAUAAUCCAUCUAUACCUGAGGGACUGGAUCUGGUAGAGGAGGAAGAACAGAUCACGCAUAGAGUGACGCUGGAUGAUGAAUUGCAAGUUCAGGAAUCGCUUAACUUGUUCAAAGUUGAUCCGAAUUACCUGGAAAAUGAAAAACGAUACGAAGAAAUCAAGAAAGAGAUACUUGGCGAUUCAGAUGACGAGUCCGGUUCGGAAUCCGGUUCAUACGAUUCUGAAUCGGAUGAUGAUGAAGAUGAAGAUGUGGCACCCGAGAAAGCUGGUAUUGCGGAUAUGACUGAGACGAAUUUGAUCAAUUUGAGAAGAACUAUCUAUCUGACCAUCAUGAACUCGCUCAACUUCGAGGAAGCCGUCCACAAAUUGAUGAAGAUCAAUAUCCCCGACGGAAGAGAGAUGGUCUUAUGCGAGAUGAUAGUCGAAUGUUGUUCUCAAGAACGAUCCUAUUCAAACUUCUAUGGCCUCAUCGGAGAAAGGUUCUGUAAACUCAAUAGAGUCUGGACUGACAAUUUUCAAGAAUCUUUUGCUAAAUAUUACGAUACGAUUCAUCGGUAUGAGACCAACAAAUUACGAAAUAUCGGACGAUUCUUCGGUCAUCUCCUCGCGUCCGAUGCCAUCUCAUGGGGAGUAUUGAGUGUAGUUCACAUGAAUGAAGAAGAGACUACAUCAAGUUCAAGAAUUUUCAUCAAGAUUUUGAUGCAAGAGAUGGUCGAGGAGAUGGGAUUGAAUAGAUUAGUUGAAAGGUUCAAGAUACCCGAUCUCAAAAUGGCUUUCAAUGGAAUGUUCCCUAUGGAUAAUCCUAAGAAUACUCGAUUCUCCAUCAAUUACUUCACUUCAAUCGGUUUAGGAAAAGUAACCGAGGAAAUGAGGACUUAUCUCGCCAAUGCACCGAAAUUGUUGGCUGCUCAACAGGCUGCGAUGUUGGCUGAUGCCUCUUCGUCUUCGGACUCCGAUUCGAGUUCUGACUCGGAUUCAGAUACUACCUCGUCGUCUGAUUCGGACAGCGAUAGUGAUUCCGAUAGUGAUGAUUCGAGACCAAGGAGAAGGAGACGAUAUAGUUCAGAUUCGAGAUCUAGAUCACCACCAGCUAGACGAAGGAGAUAUGCAUCGGAUUCAAGAUCUAGAUCACCGCCACCAAAAAGAAGAGAUAGUCCAUCUAGAUCACCGGUCAGAAGAAGAAGGUACUCAGACGAGAGUGCUUCGCGUUCGCCUCCACCUAGAAGAAGAUAUACACCUUCGCCUUCCAGGAGUCGAUCACCCCCUAGACGGAGAAGGGACAGUGCCAGUCCCAGUCCGCCACCUAGAAGAAGGGAUGAUUCGCCUCGACGAAGGGAUUCACCGCCACCUAGGAGAAGGAGAGAUAGUUCGACUCCGCCUAGGAGGAGGUAG